CGCUCGCCAUGGGCAAGACUUACUUCUGCGAUUACUGUGGCAGAUCCUUCCAAGAUAACCUUCAUAACAGAAAGAAACACUUGCAGGGAGUUCAGCAUCAGCGGGCAAAGAAAUUUUGGUUCGAUUCGUUUCGAGAUAGUGCGACAAUCCUGGCAGAAGAACUUGCCAAAAAGCCGUGCAGAAAGUUUCUACAAUCAGGACAGUGUGAUUUUGGGGCUAAUUGCAAGUUUUCUCAUAUGACAGAUGAAGAUAUUCAGAAGUUGAGACAAAAGGUGGAAGAUGAAAAUAAAGUUGAACAAGAUGACAGGCUAGCUCCUAGCAUUGAUGAAUGGUUGGCUAAGAGAGCCAAACGAAAAGAAAACAAAUCACACACAAGUGAUCUGGAAGAGGAAAAAGAUGACGAUGUGCCUGUUAUGUAUUGGCUACCUCCGGGAUAUCAUGCAGUCCAUGAGUUACCACCUUCUCUACAUCCACCACCUCCUGGAGGCUGGAAGACUGCACUGAAUGUUGAAUGGGGUUAACACACAAGGACAUGUGAACAAUACAAAAGCUUGACUUGUGUUACUUUAACUGAUACACUUGGAAGUUUAUAAGACUUCUGAAGAAGUUUUAUUUGCACAUGCAAGGGCCUUUUCUCACUUGCUGCAUCAUUUUAUUGUAAUUAGUGACAGCAAAGGAGCUGUUAAAAGCAAUUAAUUUUUGAAGUAGAUCUACUAGAAAGACAAGUAUACAUUCAUCAGUUGAGACUGCCUGACAGUACUAAAUGUCUUCUUUAAAACUAGUGGUUGUAGAUAAAGAUUUCUAAAGCAGUAGAUUAUUGCACCAUUCUUAAUUUUCUGAGUUUUCCUGUCAGAUGUUACAUAGAAAGUGCCUGAAGUCUGCCUAGGCCAUAGAAAUGUAAGCUUCAUACUCUGUAGGUUCUAUUGAUAGUGGAUUGUAUUUCAUUUGAAACUAGUGGUAUGUUUCAAAAAUACUCUCUCUGUUUGCACAUGUAAUACAUCUGUCAUAUGUAGUAAUGGGGGUCCCUUGUUAGUAUUUGACCACCACUUGUUAAUUGUCUAAAUAAUAUAGCAACACUACUGAAUUUGAAAUCACAGAAAAUGUGCAAAUCAAAAGAAUGAAUGGUUUGAAAAUCAAAACCAUGAAGGAGUUGGCACUGAAUAAGUACUGAUUGCUGUACGGUUCAGUUGACCCAAAUUUAAUCCUGAUUUUGGCUGGCUGACGAGUUUGCAUGUUUUCUCCAGGACUGUACAGAGCAUGUCUGUUUUCUUCUUGCUUCACCCACCCCGGAGCGAUUGCGUUUCCUCCUACUUCUCACAGAUUUGCUACUAUAACUUACCUCCAGGGUAGGUUGGUUGCAGAAAAAAUGUGAGACAAUUUGCAUAUCGAUUGAAUUGUGUUUUUUUUAUUGAGUUGCAAAUUGCAUCAGAAGCCUAGGCCUGUGACUCUUUUGCUUGAACAGUUGCAACCACAUCCCUACAUUCUGAUUGUGAGGGUUUGCACAAUUUACCAUUGGUAGAAAGAAGAUUUCACUUCUAUUUUCCACCAGUUAAGUAUUAUUUUCAUUUUGGGAGGAUUCAUCUAUUUUUUUUCAAAAUGACUUUGAGGCGAACUGAUAAUUAAAUUUCCAUGUAUUUGUUCGGAUUUACCGAUGAGCAACUAUUGUUUAUUUAAGUUAUGAAUUGGUAGAUGUACAAACUAUGGGCAGGAUUAAGCAACUUGAUCCUUUGAGCCUGCUCCUCCAUUUAAUAAAAUUGUGGCUGAUUAUAACUCAACUAUACAUUGCUGUCUGU